AUGCUAGCAUUGGUGAUUAAGGGAAAAAAGUUUCCCAACGGCUACUUUUUGGGUAUUUAUUAUUGGCAAACGAUUGGUCAAAUAAUAUGUAAAAACUCUCAGCAAAAGGCAGAUUUCUAUGAUCAAUUUUUAUAUAAAUCAAAAUCAUGUUCAUCAUCAACGUCAACUAAAUUUUUGACUAUUGGUGUUAUUAGCUCAUAUGAACGUCUAUAUACUCAUUUAUCUGCUAUUCUAAAAACAUGGGCAAAAAUCAACGAUUCAUCAGUCGAAAUUAUAUUUUUUAUUGAAGAAAAUCCACAAUUGCCUGUCUUAUACGAUAUAAAUGAUUAUUAUACUAAACUAUUUUUGACUGUAAAUGAACAUAAUUCAUGUGUGUACGUUGUUCGACUUCGUCAUGUCAUUAAUCAAUAUCCACCACAACUGAAAGGAUUUUAUUUAAUUAAAUAUUUAUACCUUUUUUAUGGUCAUCGAACAUCGUGGAUACUAAGAUUAGACGAUAAUGCCUAUGUCAAUUUACCGAAAUUAAUUAAAUGGUUAAAAUCAUUAGAUAAACGAAAAUUACUGUAUAUUGGACAAGGAGGAACAGGACGUCAGAAUGAAAAUAUACAUUUUAAAAAUGGACAAUAUUUCUGUAUGGGAGGCUCAGGAGUAAUCUUAUCACAAAUGACAUUGAAUAAACUCGGUCCAAAAUUAGACAGUUGUUUAAGGACAGUUCUCACAAAUCAUGAAGACGUUGAAAUAGGACGAUGUAUUAUUGAACAUGUUCAUAUUCGUUGUACAAACGCUUUUGAUUCAAACACAUAUUUUUAUCAUCAUUAUGGGCCUAAUUAUUCGUUUGGUCAUGAUUUUACACCCGACAAAGUUCAAAAAUCUUUUAUCAUUCAUCCAAUUAAAAACGUUAGUACAUUUUACCAUAUUGAAGUUUAUAAACAACGUUGUAAACGAGAACAAAAUAAAAAACGUUUGAAUAGUUUAAUAAAACAAAAGAAAAAUACUAUUAAAUCAUUUAAAUCAAAAUCUUUCUAUCGACCGUUCACUACAUUUAUCCAGCGAGUAAAUUUUGAUUUAUCAAAAGAUAUUCAACUACAAAAUUUUGAUGUCAGAUGGAAAAGUUACGUUGAAUCAAUUGUUGAAAAAUAUGUGAAUGAUUUAAAAUAUCGUUGGAAUCGAAAAACAAAUUGGACAUUAAUAAAUGGCAAAUAUAUAUUUGGCUAUUAUCGAUCAUUACCGACAAACAAUGUUGAACUAAUUAUUGAAAUAAUAUUAAAUACCACUUUUCAAUAUUCAACUCAUCCUCGAUUAGCAAUUGUUCGAAAACGUAUUUAUGUAAGCAAAGCAGUGUUUGAUGACAGAUUAGAAUAUCGUGAAAUUAUGAAAACUGAUCAGAUUAACAAUGAUAAAUUGAAUCUAAUUGUUGUAUCAAGUAAUAAAGAUGAUGCUUUGAGACGUUUUAUUAAAAAUUUUCAACAAGAAAUAUUGAAUUCGACGUCAUCACAUCAAAUAUUAACAUUAACAUGCAUCUAUUUUCAUCUUUCUGAAACAACAACAUCAAUAUUGCCGGAUGACAAUAAUUCACCGUUGAAAUUGAUUAAUGAAUUAGCUAAUCAAUAUCCAACAAUUGUACAAAAACCAAUUAUUUACAAUGUCAGAUUUAAUCGUGGCUACGGUAGACAAUUAGGCGCAAGUCAUUUUAGUCCAAAUGAUUUAUUAUUAUUUGUUGAUGUUGAUUUAAUGUUUACAUAUGAUGCAUUAAUAAGCAUUAGACGUUUUAUGUUACAUCAAAUUAAAUAUAAACCUAACGAAUUGGCAAAAUGUACAGUCUAUUUUCCAGUUGUUUAUUCACAUUUUUCCCACAAUAGUAAUAAUAGUCAAUGUUCAUUUAGUAAUAUGUGUAGUAAACAUAAUAUUACGUCAAAACAUGGAGCAUUUUCUAUUUAUGGUUUUGGAAUGGUUGCCACACAAAGGAAAGAUCUUGAUAGUAUUGGUGGAUGGGAAACUGAUAAUGUUGAUUGGGGCGGAGAAGAUGUCAAUUUAUUUGGAAGAUUUACGAAAGCUGGUUGUACAGUCUAUCGAAUAGCCGAACCGGGUCUAAGACAUUAUUAUAAACAUCUGCAAACAAAUCAUUCGUGCUUCAUACUUGGUUAUGGUAUGAAGGCAGCAUCUAUUGAUCUUCUGCCGUAUGAUAAACCGAAAUGCUUAUGGAAAACUAUUUCUGACACAUUAAUAGACUCUGAACGUGAAUAUUGUAAAUACACACUCGGACACGCCUUAGUCGAACAAUGUGAAGAAAUUGAACAAGAAAUAGAGAGUUUACUUGAUAUAUGGAGAGACUACAGAACUGAAACGGUCUAUGGAUCUACUGCUGGUGUAGGACAGAAUAUGAUGCCAGAUCCACCAGUUGUUCGCUCACGAUUAAAGAAAGAAAUUGAAUUUUUUGUAAAACAUAUUCAUGAACAAUGUGCGAACGAUGAUAAAUUAUUUCAUAAACGUUUGUCAGCACAUAACUGGAGUGCUAUUAAUUAUUCUCUAACCACUGAUACAAAUAGCCGAGUAAGAGAAAGACCGAUAAGUGCACGUGAUAAAAGUGGCCGUGAAACACCGAUUAUCGACAUCGUAUCUCCAAGAUCAGAUAUCAUAGUGGCAACCAAAGAACGUGUAAUAGAUGCUUCAUUAAUUCGUAGUAAAUUAGAAACAUUCAAUUUGGAUGAUAUCGUUGAUCAACUUCGACAAGCAUUGCAAGAAGAUGUUAAAACAUUAGAAGAACAUGUCAAAUAUCUUCAUGAACGACUAGAUGAAGAAGCAGAUUUUCGUGCAAAAACACGUGGUUUAUUUCGAGAACCAACGCUUGGAGAGUUGAAAGAAGAACGAAAUCGUCUAGAAAAAGAAGUACUUGGAUCAUCAACUAGUGGUGGCAUAAAUACUUCUAUUGAUCAGCAUACGUUAUUAAAUCGGCAAGAUUCUUUAAACGACAAUAGUCGACGUUCAUCAACUAGCUCAACUGCUUUAUCCAGCCCUCGUUCGUCACUUGAUAGUACAAUGAACAUUCGUCCAAGCGCACAACCUCUUCGGGCCACUCAUUCUCUGCUAUCUACGACUUCGUCUUCUAAUAACAAUGAUUUAACGCCUAUAGCACGAGAACCUGUUCAACACCGUAAACCACGUUUAUCCAUCGAUAAAAAACCUGCCUCAUCUGUUAAUGAACAACCUCUUGCAACAUCUUCGAGACCACUUACAACAGCCAAUGCUCAUGUUCUAGUCAAACUUGGUUCGAUUAAACAUUAUGAUUUAGUUAAGAAAUAUUCGACUUUAUCAAAAAAUAGUUCUGCUGUUGAACAACCGAUGUUAAAUGAGAUAGAAAAAACAAGAUUAAACGGAGCUGAAAGGUUUCGCAGAAUGGUGCUUGAAUGCCGUGAUAAUGAUUAG